AUGCCGAAAGAUUAUGAGUUUUCUCAAGAAGUAAAACAAUUAAUGUUUCAUAUUAUUAAUUUUGUUGAAAGCGUGAAAAAUGGUCCAGUCAUUCCUCUCUACAAUGUGGACGAUCGUCUUGUUAAAAUGUUAGAUAUUUCUAAAAGAUCUGUCGUCGGAUUAAAGCAUGAAUUACAUCAGUUAAGACAGAAAGAAAUGAAUGAACAACAACAACAGCAAGAAAUGGAAGAGAACGAUGAAGUAGAUGCAAAUGUUAGAGACCUUCGUAGCCGCACCAUCUCAUUACCAAUGUCCAGACAUCGUGAAUCUUCAGCAUCUGCUUCGCCAGCGAAAAUUCUUUGUCGUCGACAUACUGUCUCUGCUGCUUCUUCAUCAAGUUACAUCGAUCUUCCUAUUCCACAGGCACUGCCUCCUCAGAAGAAAGGCAACAGAUUUAUUCCAUUACUUAAACAGCAACAAGGAAAAGAUUUAAUUAGAUUUGAAUUUCAUAAAUUAAUUCAAGAAAAACUUGGCUUCAUUUAUCAACGAACAUCAAAAAUAAAAAUUCCAUUAGAUUUACAAGCUUUUAUAGCGGCAAAAGCAAAAUACUUUCAAGCCCUCGAAGAAUUAAGAGAAGCAAACGUUCAUUUGUAUUAUCAUGAUGAAACGUGGUUGAACCUUCGAGAGGUUAAAAGAUUAAUUUGGACUUUAGAGGGUAAAGGAGAAAUCAAAAAAUGGGGUGGAAGAGGAUCUCGUUUGGCGGUAUCAGCACUUAUAAACGUCAAAGGUUAUCACAUUCCAUCAGUUGAUAUUUGGGCGUGCGCUGAAGAGCAUAAUAUGGAUUCAACGCAUUUUCUUUCGUGGUUAGAUUCAACUUGUGCAACACUAAGAGAAGAGAUUGAUAACGCAACUUGGCACAACAAGCUUACAGAAGAAUCAAUCAUUCCAAAACGUUCUUCAAUAAAAGGAGAAAUUCAAAAAUGGCUUCAAGAUCGAAAAAUUAAUUGCCCUCAAAAGUUUGUUAAAGCUCAAUUGUUACAGCUUGUAUGUACGAACUGUCCACCAAAAGAAUAUAUGUUUGUUCGUGAUCAAAAUACAACAUUUCGUCAGAAUGAUGUAAAACAAUUAAUUGAGCAAUAUAUGGUGGCGAUGGAUGAUAAACUUGCAAGUUCAUAUUUUCAUCAUGUUUAUAAAGUCGAAGAGAUGUAUAGAACAGCAGAUGAAAUUAUGGAAGAAGAAAUUGAACCACAUAUACAAUCUGAGAGUGAAGAAACAGAUUCUGAUGACGAUGAGGAAAACGUGGAAUAA